AGAGAGAGAGAGAGAGAGAGAGAGAGAGAGAGAGAGAGAGAGAGAGGAAGGAAGAGCAGGGGAAUAGGAACCGCUGUUAGACAAGAGUCUCUGGACACCAUUAUGGAUUGAGAGGAAAGAGAAGUCUGCCAUAACAAAGCCUGCUGAAGGUGGGAGAACCCUGACCACAACACACGCGCUGACUGACACACACACACACACACACACACACACACCACUGACUGGCAGACAUAGCCUUUUGUCUCUGAUUUUUCUCAAUCGAAGCAGCAGAUGGUUAGAGGGAGAGAAGGAACUCCCCCCCCCCACCUACGUGCACACACAAACUGGCACACACAAACUGGCACACACAAACUGGCACACACAAACUGGCACACACACAUAUAAACACAUACACUAAGCAAAAUACCAAGCCCAUCUUGGGGACUGUUUUCGUCUGAGCUGCUUGUGGUUCUGAGGACGUCACAUCUCCUUGGAUGAGGAAUACCCCUCGGAAGAUCAGAAAGAUUGGAGGAAGAGGAGGAGGGGGCGAAAGAGGAGAGGAGAGAGGGAUGAGGCUUGUGAAAAUCCUCGGUUAAAAAGAGGCUUUGGAGGAGGACAAAGCAAGUGACUAAUGCCUGCAAAUUACCCUCAUUGGACUAAGAGGACUCUGUCGUUCGACUGCUGGAUGUCAUUGAUCUGAAGUGUUAAAGGUUUGGUACCGGACAGCAACUGAACCCAAAGGUCCAUUUUGAAAUAAGUGUAAGUGUUACUCAUUGCUAGAAAAAAUAUAUUGCUGGUUUAAAUGUGGUCAAAAUCAACUCAUGUCCUUCCGAAUUUGUGAAUGAUGACAUCACAAACAAUGGAGUAGAGCACAUACUGAGUGAAAGAGAAGCAACGUGAAUGUAUUUCUUUGUUUUGACAAUGUUCACGAUGGUGAUGUCAUCAUUAUCACUAAGAGGCAGGAGCGCAUAAGGUCUGAAAUCCCAGUCCCAAUCCCAGUCCCAAAUCUCCCAAUCUGAACCCGGGCAGGGGGGUUGAUCUAAUCCAGAUUGGGAAAUGCUGCACAUGGACUGCUGAGCUGACAAACCUGCACAGCUCAAGGAUUUGAGGGAGAAAAAAAUCUGCAAUCUUCAUGUUUUGUCGUUGGAGAAGCUUUUACACCUUUAACGUGGAGUCUCGUCUAGCCCCGGCCAAGUGACUUGUUUUGGGCUUGGAGCUCCAGAGAUCCAGGCUCCUGGGCUCCAGAGAAGUUCCAGGCAGCGAUCUUGGCUCGUGCCCAGGUCCCCUGCUCUUCUAACAGGGUCUGAAUUUACUGGUGCUGCCCUGGGAGUCAAAUUUCAUGCAACCAUUCCAAUGGUGUAACGGAUGCCUGUGUGGUUUGGGUCUCCAGCGCUCUGAGAGAUACUGCGCCAUGACGUCCGACAUUUAUCACCUCCCCCUCAACGUCUACAUCAUCGUUCUGGGCAUAGGUCUUUUCGUCUUCAUGCUCAGCCUCCUGUUCUGCUGCUACCUGUUCAGGUUGAAACAACAAGGCACACGGGAGCAGUUCAGCUACAACGAGGUGGUACUGAAAGGGGCAGGCAAGAAGCUCAGCCUUCUUGGGCAAACCUGUGCGGUUUGCUUGGAGGAGUUCCGGACCCGAGAUGAGCUUGGAGUGUGCCCUUGCUCACACGCAUUUCACAAGAAGUGCCUGUUGAAGUGGCUGGAGAUCCGGAGCGUGUGCCCCAUGUGUAACAAGCCCAUCCUCCGGCUCCACACUGAGACCCCCCAGGGGGCAGAGGGCCCCCUGGACCCUGAGGAGGUGUGAGGGGGGGCCAGGGGUCGGGAGGCCCAGGGCACCCCCCUGAAGACACAUCUAUACACACAGAGGACGAUUAUGAUGAUAAUGAUGGUGGUGGUCAUCUUAUGGACAUCUCACUUGAGGGUUGAUUGUAUUCGUAAGUGGCUUCCUUGUGGCUCUUCUGUGUAUUAGCGAUAUAGCUGGGCGAUAUAGCUACGUUUUGAUACGUUGAAGAUACCUGUCUAGUUUUUCUAUGGUCAGUUAGAGACAGUCAAGCUAGUCAAGAGGAAUAGGGUACCAUGUGUCAAAUUUGGGGAAAAAGGACCUUCAAUAGUCUAGCCAUGGGACUUUCAGUUUUGUUUGCGUCUGUAAAGUCCCCCAAGAUUAUUGACAUGUGACAUAGGAAAGGGAGCCACUUUAGAAUAUCCAGUUUCUCCUCCCCUUUCCCUGUCAUUGGACAACUGGUUAUGGCACGGACAGGAGACCGCCAAUCACAAUCGACAUGCCAGGCAUCGUUAGUAGGUCAUUGGUCAGGAUCGGUGUGGAUACCUCUAAUAUCUCAGGGGUGUAACAAUACAGCCAGCACAAAGCAUCUCACAUCAUAAUUAUAAUAACCUUGUGCCACACAUCAGACCUGGGACAAUUACUUGGGGUUUGCUUGAUACGUUACACCGUACAAUGAAACCGAUGCUACUGUAUCCCAAAAGUACAAUCACAAGAGUGGAAUCAAGCACACCCCAAACCUUUCCAAUCAUUUCAUCCACGUAUUUGACCUAGGUCUGAUUCAUAUCCAGUAAUGCUGCCAACCUGUGUAAUGCUAUACUAAGGGGAAUUUAAACAUAUGGCUAGCUAAUACAACAGAUCAGUUCAGUAGGCCAUACAGUUCUGAUGUAGACAGUUAUGUACUAUGUAUGUCCAGGUUCACUCGUUCUAAGACUGAAAGCUAGUCUUGCCUGUAUGUGUGUAAUGUGACCUUAUAUUGUCAUUUUGUAUCGUUUGUUGCUUUUAAAUAAAAUGUAAUGUAUUGUACUGGA